ACUCUCCCUGUGUUAGACAACACGGAAGUAUUAUUGAAAAAAGGAUACCGGUCCUCACUUGCUGUAUCGGCCGGACGUUCUGGCGCUGGUUCGCCGAAGCUAUUACUAUUAGCUGGUUUCGAAGUCUGCAUUAGCACUGCAUGCUUACAGUCACAGCAUCAAAGGAGUCUGACAUCGAGAACCGGUACGAGGCGAGGCCUUGAAAAUUUUGUGACAUUUAUAUAUCUAGAUUGUUUAAUAAUAUAUCAACAAGAAAAUGGCCGAAGAAGGUGAAACAGAGCAGAUCCAGGCUAUCGACGACAACGAUGAGCCAGAGAUCACCCCUGGUUACAAACCACCAGCACAAAAGACCCUGGAUGAGAUAACGCAAUUAGAUCAAGAUGAUGAAAGUUUAAACAAGUACAAAAAAACACUUCUUGCUGGUGCUGAAGCUGUAGAGGAUGAUGGAGGUGCAAAUGUGCAAGUAAAAGCGAUGGUUUUUCUGGUCGAGGGCAGAGAGGAUAUCGUACUAGAUUUAACAGGGGAUUUGACCAAGUUAAAGGCUAAGCCUAUCACAAUCAAGGAAGGAAUACAGUAUCGGCUGGCUAUCAAAUUCAGGGUCCAGCGUGAGAUUGUGCCUGGAUUAAGGUACUGUUAUCAAAUAUACAGAAAAGCUGUCAGAGUUGAAAAAUCGAAUUUAAUGGUUGGGAGCUACGGACCAAAUAAUGACCCUCAUUCAUUCAAAACACCGCUUGAGGAUGCCCCAUCUGGCAUGAUCUCAAGAGGGCACUAUACAGUCAAGAGCAAGUUCACCGAUGAUGACAAAACCAGCAUUUUGGAGUGGGAAUGGUCCUUCGAUAUAAAGAAGGACUGGUAGCUAUGUUGAAGAGAAAACAAAUACGAUAUCAACAACAGCAACAAAAGUUAUGUUUCAAAACAAAAAUCAGAUGGAUGGAAAUCUGUUAGACUCUUUUGGAGGUGCCUAAUGUGAGUGUAACAUGGAGGUUUUCCGAAGGGUUUUUUUUUAAUUUAAUAGUCCAUGAAUUUGUUGGCCCACUUUCUUUCAUUGGCUUCAAAUGGAGAGCUGUUGAGUGUUAACGAUCCAUGAAGCUUCAUAUAUGUCCUCCAUGUUCUGCUUCUUAUGUACUUUGCUCUUUUAUCGAAAUUGCAUCGUUUUUGCAAUGGUGUUGCACUGGUGUAAAUAGAACCUCCCAUUAUUGCGUGUAGCAUACCACCUUCUAUUUAGAUCUAGAUAUCGUGAAACCUAGAUGAAUUAAUCAAAUCAAAACAAUACUGGGAUAUGAUAACCUACCUGAUUAGAUUAAUCUUACAUUAGGCACAUUCCAUUAACCUCCAGCUCCUGUGGUUCCUGAAAAAAAAACAAGAUGCAGAUUUCCACUCUUUUUUUUUGUAUCACUUUUUGUAUAUCAUGUACUAGUAGAUGUAUUGGAGAUUAUGCAAUUAAUAGAUGUAGUAAUUACAUAUAAAAGAAAGCAACGGUCGUAUGCAUGUGCUGAACAUUUGACCAACUGUAGUAUAUUUUAUUUCUUCUUUUAAAAGGAAACACGUGGCUGAUGUUUGCAUGGAUAUAAUCUGUUUGAUCAGGUGUGAAAAUUAUCUGUUUUGAUGGUAAAUAUGAAUAUGAAAAUAAUAUCAAUGAUGCCCUACAAAGUCACAUAAUAAAUUUGUGUGAAAUAUGUUGAGUAAAUAUUUUUUUUUUUUUUGCUAUUUAAUACAUGUAUUUAUUAACUUUUACAUGAGAAGUUUUAUUUCUCAAAAGUAAAUUCAGAUGUGGGGGGGUCUGUUUUGAACAUAAUCUGUUACUUAAAGUUCACUUUUAUUUCAUCUUUUGUCAUCUAUAAAUUGAUGACACCCUUCCUCCCCCGUAACUACCCUGACAUUGCCACAUUCUUUAUAUACUUUGUUUAUAAUUUGGUGAGAACAGUUUUGAAAACAUCAAAAUGUGCUCCAGUCAACUAAUCUGAUUUCUUUCUUUCAUCACUGAGAACAAUAACAAAUUUAAUAUUCCUACCACGAUAUUUGCUCAAAGCCUUCCUGACUGCAAGUGAAUCUACUUUAAAUGAUAUUGUAUAUUUUUUGGUUAUAGUAUUUUUAUUAUGGAUGAGCAUUUGAAAGAUGUUUUUCAUAUUUUCACCUCAUAGAAAUUGCUGGGAUGGUGGAGGGCCCCUUUAAAAUUUAUGCUACAAAAUACAUUUGUGAUAUUGAUAUUUCAUAUUAUCCCCUCAAAGGGUUCCUCUUACUACAUGUAGAUCAUCUGCAUAUCAUCAUGAAAUCUUUGUUUAACUCUCUCAUCCAAUAUCAUACAACAUGAUAAUUGUAACCUGUAUCAAUGUUUGUUUGAGUGGCUUUUUUUUACUUUUACAAUAUCUCUAUGUCACCACUGUCUCAAUGUUUGUGUGAUGAAUACUUUUGUUAUUGAUUUGUACAAUUUUUAUAAAAAUUUAAAAGUGAUUUGUAUUGUUAAUGGUGUCUUCCAUAUAAAACUGUAUUUUAGCAUACAUGGAAACUGGGAGGUGAGUGCACUUAGAAUGAUUCUGAAUGUUAAUACAUCUUCAGGUUUAUGUUUGGCUUGAUUUUUUUUUAAGGAGAUAAGUGCUGAAUAGUGUUGUUAUCAAUUCAAAUAGUUGUUUUUACACCUGAUACAGAUAAAGUGAAUGGAUUUGGCAUGGAUUUGUGUGUAUAGUAUCAAGAGCUAACAUUUUUUAAUUAACCAAAGUAACUUCUUUAUGUUGUCAUGGAUAUUGGCUCUCUGAGAAUGAUAUGUUGAUGUUAAAUCAGAAGUCAUUCAGACUGCACUGCACACAGUGUAGCUAAAAGAGUAGCAAGGACAGAAUACUUCUUUAAUAGAUCAGUCUUCAAGGUUUCUUAUUGUGGGUAGGUUUUUUUCUUUCAUCUGCUGUGAACCCUGAAUUCCUUCAGGCUUCAGUGAUCAAAGGAUCACCCAAGUCAAUAGGGGAAAGUAUGGUACGUAAUUUACAUUCUUGCAGUUUCCAAGACAACUUCUUGGAGGAUAACUUCUCAAGGAGUGCUUUCCUUGGGGAAUUUGUCAUUGGACAGGUGUCCUGAGGGGAGACUUGCUUUGAAGGAGCUGUCCUGUGUUUAGUUAUCCUCUCGGGCAACAUGCUGCAGGGUCUUUUCCUUGGGGAAUUUGUCAUUUGGACAGGUUCCCUUAGGGGAGACCUAUCCUCAAGGACAUGUCCUCGUGCUGGUUGUCCUCCAAGGCUGCAUGUUUGGAGGACUCCCACGUUUAAAUCAUAUCUACAUGUAUGGUUGUUGUCUUCAUAAGGCUGUUGUCCUGUAACAUCUUCCAAGUAACCAUUGGUUUCAGUUUAAGAAUACAUAUCAUCCAUGUACUGCUGUAGUCAUCUGUUACACGUUAUAUUAGAUCAAGCUGUCUUUGUUUCCAGUCUUUGUGCAUUAAUGAUACAUGUAUUAGUAUGCUAUGGAUUGUUUAUGCAAACCCGCCUCGACAAGUGUACAAAUGUGUAUGAACUUACAUAGCAAGCCAUCAAUUGCCUUACUUUCCAUCUUCUUUCAUUUUGAAAUUGAAAUCAGACUGAUGUGUGAUUUUGUAAAAUGUUUUGAACUUUCUGUACACUAACUGUGUACAGUGUUUACAAAUUGGUUACCAUAUGUAUGUUUGUAUUUGGGCAUUUCUCAAGCAAACCUCUUUGUCAGAUUGUUCCUUAGUUAUGCAGAAAAACAAUGUUUUCCUCUUUAAAAAAUACAAUCAAUAUACUGCAGCUCAGUUUAUGUAAUACAUGAAAUAUAUUGGAUUUAAUCCUCAAGAUUUAUAUUCAUAUAGUUUGCUUGGAGUUUAAUCCUCAAAGGGUUUAUAUAGUAAGUUCACUUACAUAAAGCAUAUGUUUUGCAGUGAUUUGAAAAGUAAUUAAUCUAUGUUUAUUAUUCUACUAUUGAGUACAAAUAUCUCAAUGUUUUAAUUCCAGAUAAAUCCCACUGGUUGUAAGUUGCAUCUGCCAUGUAAUGGUUGUUUGCAACAAAAUAGACGGCAUCAACACUUUGCUGGUGCUGCUGCCCUUUUCAUGGGGUGUUAGCUUUACCAGUAUUUAUGGUUUUGCUAUAUUAAAAGCCAUACAAUAAAAAUGGACAGAUAAAGAAACAACAACAAGGGGUUAUCACUAGUAAAAUAUCACCUACGUUUCAGAAAUACAUCAGUUACACUUGUUACUUGAUGUAUGUUCAUCAUGUACAUGAAUAUACAUAUCUACAUUGAAGAUUUAAUGAUAGCUUGUUUUGUUUAUCUCUGAAUUUGUGAUAUGAGUUCAUUACUUUUAUCUUGAGUAUCUUGGUAAUUACAACAUUCCUUCAUUUUUUUCUGGUUGGUAUAUAUUUUAUCUCAUACUGUUAUUGAUUAGUUCAUGUUAUAUACCUUGCAAAAUGACUCUAGGUCGAUGUAUGUGGUCAAAUACAUAUUAAUGGAAAGUACCACUGACUACUAUAUAGUGAAAAGUUAUACUAGCAGUUAUCCCUUCAACAAAAAGAAAUGUUACAUGCACAGCCACAGACAGUAGCUGGAUGCAGCUAGUGGUACCAGUCUUGCUACAUGUGAAUCAGUAUUGAUUUCAACAACAUGAUCUGACAUAAUUUUCUCAUAAUAAAGUGGCUUGUAGUAAAAAAAAUUCCUAAAUAAUUACUUCUUUUGGGGGGUUCACACUGAAAUUUGCUCUCAUUGAGGUCUAACCUAGUACAUGUACUGUGCUUUGUCUUUGGUUUUAGAACUGUUGAGAGUUCACCUCUGGGCAAAUAGUUUUACCUGUUCCCCUUCUGAGCAUUCAUUAUGUUAUACUAUAACCAAACUCAGAUUUGGAAAAAAAAUGUUCUUUUCCUGGUAGUGAUUUUGUUGAUUUUCUACUGAAUGACAAUGAAAACUAUAGCUCUAUAUAUUAUUAUUUUCAUAAUUGUAUAAUUCAGCAAUAAGCUUUUAAGAAGUAGAUUUUGUUUGCAUUUAUUGAUUAAUUAUCGGAAGCCUAUAUUUUUUGCUAUUACAUGUAUGUUACUCAUUCAUGGGACAGUUGUAGGGCUAUGUCUUCUAUUCAUAUAGAAUAUUAGUGAUCAUUUAAAAGAUUGAAAACAUGUAUAUAUAUUAUUAUUAUGAAGAUGAAAAUGAGCAGCAAACAAUGCCGAAUGCCACAAUAUCAUCGUCCUCUAUACUACAAAUGUAAUUUAAGUAUGUAAACGUGAUUAGCAUAUGCUCAAAGGUUGUAAUCAGAUCUGGGAAUGUUCCCAUUAGUACUUGUUAUUAUAGAUGUGUUUUUGUUAGUAUAAGGCUGUGUGCAGCCCCUCCCACACUCAUGCAUGAGGUGGAUGUAUGCAGAGGUAUUACAGAUAGAAGUUAUGUUUUAGUUGCAUCCAGUGAUCGGUGGGGAGAGGCUUCUCAUUCAAGUAAUCAUGUAAACUCAGAUCCAUCAUGGCAUCAUGAAUGGAGUCUGUAAACUGGCCAGAUAAUUAAAGAAAAAAAGUUAUCAGCAGUACAACAAA